GAAACCUUUCAUAGACUCACAAGAGUGUCAUGCAAACUAGUGAACCAUGCAGAUAUAGUUACGUUGAAUCUCAUCCUCUCUCUGUGAGGGGACCUCAAGCUGGUAUCCAGGGGGAUCAUGAGGGAAUUCUUGAGGAUGUCUCUGGGAGAGAUCCUGAGAAAGGAUAUGAGAGUUGCCUGGAGGAUGAUCCCAAGGGUCGUUGUGAAGGAGAUCUCAAGGAUCGUCUCGAGGUAGAUCCUAAUGAUCAUCUCGAAGGUGAUCCCAAAGAUCAUGUUGAGGAAUCCCAAAAGCUUAUUGUUGAAGUUAAAACAUCUUCUAAUCCUGAACCUCCCUCUAGAUACAGUAAAGUUCAGAUUCCUCGGUUGAGAGCAGAUCUGGGACGAAAUGCAUUAACCCUUGAAGAUUUCAGUGAAACCUACCAGUUUCAACAUAAUUCUCCAGAAAAAUGUUCUCAAAGGGUGUCGAACUGUUGCCAAGGCUCAUACGACCUUGUGUCUAAAAUAUCAAUACUCAGUGUACUCACAUCUUUAGUACCUCCUGUGACCUGGUUACCUAAGUAUGACUGGAAGAAAAAUCUGGUAAAUGACCUGGUGGCAGGGUUUACUGUGGCUAUUAUGCAUAUACCCCAGGGUAUGGCCUACGGUUUACUAGCUGGAGUAGAUCCUGUAGUUGGGAUCUAUACAGCCUUCUUCCCUGUCCUCAUCUAUAUAUUCCUCGGGACCAUGCCACACGUCUCCAUGGGAUCCUUUGCAGUCAUCAGUAUCAUGGUCUUUAAACCUGUCUCUAGGCUAGGCUCGGAUAUAGAUGAUCCAACCGAGGAACAGAACCUAGCUCAUAUAUAUUCAACUAUACAGGUGGCUACCGCUGUCACCUUCUGUGUUGGAAUUCUACAGCUGAUUGCUGGAAUAGGAAGACUAGGAUUUCUCUCAAUCCUACUCACAGAUACUGUUGUCAGUUCAUUUACUGUGGGAGCAUCCUUUCAUGUUAUUACAAGUCAGAUCAAGCAUAUUCUGGGCAUCAGGAUUCCUCGUCAUUCUGGGAUAGGAAGACUUGUUUUUACCUAUUUAGAUAUAGGACGGAAAAUACAAUCGACGAAUCUGAUAACCCUCGCUAUCUCUCUAUCUACUAUUCUUGUGAGUUUAAUUGUAGAUCUAGUAAUAGGUCCUAAACUCAAAACUAAAUGCAGGUUCCCUCUACCUACCCAGCUAACAUUGAUCAUCAUCUUUACAACAAUAUCAAAACUUCUUGGGAUUAGGGAACAUCAUAAUGUCCGAACAAUCGAGAGUAUCGGUGAAAUCCCAACUGGACUUCCAGUACCGGAGUUUCCACUGCUUCAGCUUAUUCCCGAGGUUAUGCUGGAUUCUAUUGCCCCCGCUAUAGUAUCGUUCACUGUUGGUGUUGGACUUGGAAAGAUGUUUGGGAAAAAGCAUGGAUACAAGGUUCAAGAGAGCCAGGAGCUGAUAGCUCAGGGUGUAUCGAACCUGUUUGGAAGUAUGUUCAGUUGUAUCCCAAUGGCAGGUUCUCUCUCUAGAUCUGUGGUUCAAGAGGCUAGUGGAUGCAAGAGUAUGUUGACCAGCCUGACCUCUGCUCUCCUCCUACUCUCCGUCCUUCUCUACCUGGGUCCAUUGUUCCAUGCUCUUCCUGUCUGUGUCCUCGCAGCCAUCAUCCUCGCUUCAUUAGUUGGGAUAGUUAAUAAGGUCCGGGAUGUUGGGAAGUAUUUUAAGCUGUCAACACAUGAUGGAUGUAUCUGGGUUAUUACCUUCCUUUCAACCGUCCUGCUUGAUGUAGACUACGGUUUAGUUGUUGGUGUAGUAUCCUCCUUGAUGAUAACCUUUAUCCGAGCAUCUAUACCGAGUAUCCGGGUCCUGGAGCGAGGAGAGGACGGAGUCUGGUUGAAUAAAAAAUGUUUUAAAACUGAAGGAGGGAUCAAGGUUAUCCAGAUAUUUGGACCUAUGAACUUUCUCGUCAAAGAUCUUGUCAGGUCCUGGAUAGCCAAUGAGUUGUCUGGUAGUUCUGAGAAAUACUCGUCUCAGGAUACAUUCCAUCCAAUGGAGGAUGUAGUCCUGGAUAUAUCCGGAGUGAGCUACCUUGACAGGGUUGGAGCGGGAAUUAUUCCCUGGUUGGAGAAGAAAGUAAAGCAGGAGGGGCAUACUUUAGGUGUAGUUGCUACAGCUCUUCAAUCCGUUCAUCUUAAACUUGAUGUUGAAAUAUUUCCAACCUACACCGACGCCAUUGUUAUCCUAAGAAAUGCAAGCGAGACGAAUAAAGUGUCUCAGGAGUACCUGGAGUAAUCUCAUAACCUCGACAUAAAUCCAUCAAUCAUCAUAAAUACACGAAAAGUAUUUUCUAAAUUUAUACUAGUAUUUUAAACUCGUACAGAAAUAAUUAUUUUUGUUUGUUUUACAUAAAUAUAUAUAUAUUUAUUUA